UGGGAUCGCUUCUGUUUUUACAAGGAACAAAAAAUGGGGAAGCACAUCAUGUGUGUGUCAGGCUCUUUGCUCACAGAGAGCAUGAAGGAGGAGUAUGUAAGAGUCUGUCCUCCCCCAGCAGCUGGAGUGGGACAGCUCUGGGCUCGGGGAAAUCACCUCAGACCCCGCUGGGCUUGUCCCAGGGCUCCAUGGAACUCUGGUGAUCAGGCUGUUACUCCCACUUGUCCUCAUGUUGGCAGAAGGCAUCUUAAUGAGGCUCAUCUAUAAAGAAAGCUGUCAUCAAGAUAAGCCUCAGAAAUCCCCUGCAUCCCAAAAGGCUAAAGAGGGAAUCUGGAGACAGAAACUUGUAGACAUCCCAAAAAUCAAAGGCUUUGCUGAUGGAUGUGAGAAGCGGGAUGAGAUCUCUGCUCGAAGCAGCAAAACAGACCCCGGGAGCAGCCCUGGCUGGGGAUCCAGAGAAAGGGAACCUGCAAAAGAUCAGGAAAUGCAGGUUAAAGGACCUGUAUCCCCAGCUUUGCACAUCCCCAGGAGAGGCCAAAGCCUAUACCAGCUGGAUUUGUACAGAUCCUGGCCAUGCAAUAGCAUUUACCAGAACUACCCCGACCUGCAGAUCGGGGGGGACCAUGUGGGGGAACACACGUGUGACUCGGGCUGUGUCCUGGACCACGUGUGUGAUGAACUUCCUGAUGGCCCUGUCCUGCUGUCCAUAGAUAUUCCCCUGGGCCAGUCCCCUCCCUGUGAGCAUCCCAAAAAGCCCAGUGUGACAUCCCUGUCUGGGCAUGAAGCUGAAGCUGCAGAGGGGAGCAUCGUGCUCUCUGAGGAGCCUCUUUCCAACUCCACGCUCAACAAGUACAUGGAAACCAAGGUGGCAGAGCUCUACAAGCAGUUUUUUGAAGAAAGCCUGGCCAGGUGUGGCUCUGUAACAAACCUCCUGACUUGCAGCUGGCUGAGGAACAGCCUGGAGCAGAUAAGCUUCCAGAUCUCCCAGGAGCAGAACAUAGAAGCCUCCAAGGCCAGAGGAGCCCUCCUGCACUCGCUGGCUUUGUUGAGUGGGCGAAACGCUCCCAACAGGAACAGCUCAGAGUUCAGCACCCCAAACCUGCAGAUCUCCAACCCAGCGGGGGUGAAACGGAGCUGCAGGGUGCAGUUCCCAUCCUGACUGAGCUGGGCUGAAGGGAUGGAUGGCAUUAGGGUCCGAAUAUUUCACUCCAGGGAUGAGCUUGGGAAGUGGGAACAUUUACACACUACACUUUUUCAAAUCAGUGUUUUAAGGCUUAAACCGUAGGGGAAGUAAAAGGCACUGGUUUCUUUUUUCUAAUACAGAAUUUGAAAUUAAUUUCUCUCUAAAAUACUAGUUAGUCAUGUUUUUAUAGUGUCUAUAGAAUCAUAAAUUCAUCAAGGUUGGAAACAACCACUAAGAUCAAGUCCAACCAUCAACCCAGCACCUCCACCAUGGUCACCAUGUCCUCAAGUGCCUCAUCAACAUAUAAAACUGUUUAAUUUUUGGCAAAAUCAGCAAGCAAAAAUGACUGCAGCAUUCCUGAAAAAGUAGUGCAAGGUUCCUGCAUCUUUGGAAAUUUAAAUGCAGAUUUUGAUAUGGAAAUCCUGUUACUUUCAAAUCCAUUUUCUUCCCUUUCUCUUACUUCUCAGUAAGUAUGGAAAUGAAUCAUUGUGUCACCAUUGUAAAAUGAGAAAUGAAAUAGACUGUUACCUGCCCUGCAGAAGUUUUUUUCUAGUAAAG